GGUACACUGGCUCGAGUCACUUCACAGCUUGCCUGGGUGAUGGUGAGGGUGCAGGACAAGAAAGACAGAAGGAUGAAGGGGUGAUAAUGUUAUACCCCGAAACAUCAUCGGGAUCUGGUCUGAUGGUGGGCGCUGGUGUACGUAAUAAUGGGACUGUUAGCACGCAAACCUGUGAAUUAUGUUGAAAUUGCAGAUAUCGCUGUUGAUGAGAAUGAUUUUGCUGACUUCAAGCCUUCACCCACAAGCAAAAUAGAGAAGGUUAAAGAGAAAAAAGAAAAGGUGGAUGGGGAGGAGCAGAAAGAUGACAGGGAGAGAAAGCACAGCAGGGACAGGCACAGAGACCGCAAGAAACACAAAGACAAAGACAGACACCGGGAGGAUAAAGAUAGGCACAGAAGAGACAAAGACAAGCACCGAGAAGACAGAGACAGGCACAGGAAAAGGGAUGACAAGGAGAGAGACGAGAGGAAGAGAAGGGAACGCAAGGACAGAGAGCACAGGUCAGAGAGAAGAGAUGAUAAUUGCUCAGAACACUCAAGCAAAGGAGAGGGAAGCAGUGACUCUACGUAUGACUCAUCAGGUAGCCAAACAUGUCACAACUUGCCAGCCAUAAAUGCACCCAUCCCUGCCUCACCUUUGGUGUCUCCCAGCAGAAGGAACCCUAAACCAAGAUUAAGCCUGGAGGAGAAAAUUUUCCAGAGAGAAUUAGAGGUUGCACUUGAAAUGUCCAAGGAAGAGUCCAGCCAAGCCCCACCCAGUGUGCCUGAACCUGAGGAACACAAGGUGGCAGAGGGUGGAACAGCACUGGAGGAAAGGCAAGAAACUCAACCACCCUUGAGUCCCAAAUCUCUUCAGGAACAAAGUGCUGGAGGUGGCUGCUCCUCACCCAUUGAGAGUACUGGAGCCCCUCCUGAAGCUUCUUCCUUAGCUCCUGAGAAACCAAGUAUCCCUCUGUGUGAGGAGGAAGAGGUGGCAGAGCACACACCUGAUCCAACACCACCACCAGCAGUAGCAGAUUGCACAGAAACAAUGGAGCCUUUGCCCUCUACCUCAGCUGGCAAAACUGCCAAGAGAAUAAGGAAAACUGUAAUGUUUAAGGAAGACAGUGACUCUGACGAUUUUGAUGGCUUUGGCUAUGAUGUGGGUGCUGAGUCUGACGCCUCUGAGGGGAGUGACUUUAUGCCAUCACCAAAGAAAAAGAAAAAGGUAAAGGAGUCAAAGAAAACCAAGAACACCAAGCCAACCAGAAAUAGUACACAAAAGUCUUCCAGUAAAUCCACAGGCCAAAAUAAAGCAGGUGAUGUGGCAGCCUCUCCAAGGAGCUGUCCAGUGAUAGCCAAGGAGAACACUGCCCCGAAGGACAUUGCCACACCACCACCACCUAAAAGCACACUUGCCUCUCCCAAGGUUACCACAUCACCUGGACUGAAGGCAUCAUCAGGCUUACACACUCCACCACCAGCAAAAACUGCUACAAAGAAGGCGAGUGUCAAACCGGUGAAAAGACCCUUGAUCAGCUCAUCAUCAUCCCCAUCAUCUGGUGCCCCAUCAAUUUCUCUGGUCAAGACACCAUUCAGAAGUCCUUUAUCAACAUCCCCAAACAGUGGUUACCCUGUGGGCUCCCCAGCCACCUCUGUGGGAACAAAGAAUUUAAACAGAGGCACUGGGCUCAGACUGGGGCUGUCCCGCAGGGCCACUGUCAAGCCCCUUCACCCCAGUGCAGCAUCAAGGAUCACCAGCUGAUCCACUAUGACAAUGUUGGUUCCCAGUGCAGUGUAGAAUUGUCUGUAAGUGAAUAAACCAUCAUAUAUAAAUCCAAAAGUUUCCAACUGGUAUUUAAUAAUCUGUAUUGAUAACUGUAAUAUAAUGAACACUAGCAGUCUUACCAUCAUCAGCGAGAUCUGCAAUUUCAGCAUGAUUCACAGAUUUGCGUGCUCUGCAAUGUGAAAAGUGUACGAUGUACAUGGGGAUUGAGUGUAUAUGGUACAAUUUUUAUAAAGUACAAUUUAUUGUGCCUUAGUGUUAAGUUGUUGCAAUUUUUCUUUAAAAAAAAUUGUAUCUGAUGAA